AUGUAUUCAAACCAGCACAAUCUGUAUAACAGCAUCCAACAGCAUCAUGACAGCACGCCGCAUAAUGACCAUUAUUCAUAUCAAACUACGGAACCGAGAUCCAAUCAUCCUUCACAGUUUUUCGAUACCCAGCAUUCAUCCGGACACUCGCAAAGCCCUCUCAUAGACUUCGAAAUACCAUCACAUGCAGAACCAGAACCAGAACCAGAACCAGAACCAGAAUCCGAUACAUGCUACUAUGCACCUUAUUCUCCUGACUAUGAUUCUGGUUACUCGGUCAAUACGUCUGAUAACGAGGAUCGUGAUCCGCUCAACUGGCAGCCUCCUAUUAUCGAAACGGACUUCACCAAUAUCGACGAAGCGCUCGAACUUAAAUUAAAUACUGCAGACUCACUCUAUCGAUUAUUCAAGGCAGGAAAACUCAAAGUCCAGCAUGUUCGGAACGUGUCUGAUGAGCCAACCCCUCGUUCACUCGUGGCAUUCUCACAUCAAAACAGUCAACCGCCUCCCGGGCCCUCCCUUGAUUAUAACCUUUGCGCAGGAGUCCCAAUCAUCUGGCCAGAGGAUAUGCGUCCUUUGGUCAUGCUCUUUCCAUGGGAACGUUACCAUGAUGGCCAGGAUGGCCUACCAUUCACUAUCGACACUUGGCUUACUCGCGCUCAUUUGCUCCUCCCUCGCGUCAAUACUAGGACUUUGUUUGCAUUGAGAGUGCAUGACUAA